AUGCUUGCGGGCAAAGGAUACUCGUGGAAGGCUGCUAAAGCCCGACUGCCACCAUCAAGGCAGGUCAUCAGUACAGUACGGAACCCACGCUUCCUCAUCUCCAUUGGUCUGGUCACAGCAAUCGUACUGCUAUGGCGGUCCAUGGGGUCAGCAGCUGGGGAGAUGCAGAGGUUCUACUGCUUCGGCCCCUCGAAACCUCCAAUGCACAUGACAGCGAACGAGAACGAAGACUGGCACGCGCACUUAAAUACCCCCGUGAUAUUCAACCAUCACAAACCAAUAGAGGUCAAUGCCACCGAAAUCCAGCACGUCGAUCUGAACGGCGUCACUUCGACCAUUGACGCAGCCAAGAACAAGGAACGCGUUCUGAUCCUCACUCCGCUCCGCGAUGCCUCGUACUAUCUCGCGAAACACUUCGACCUUCUCACGUCACUCACGUAUCCCCACGAGCUGAUCGAUCUGGCGUUUCUGGUCGGCGACACAACAGACGAUACCAUGGCGGCAUUGGCAAAGGAAUUGGAGAGGGUCCAAAACAACCCCGAAGUAGCGUUCAGGUCGACCAUGAUUGUUGAGAAAGAUUUCGGUGUCACGCUCUCGCAAAGCGUAGAGGAUAGACACAGUUUUGAGGCACAAGGUCCACGAAGAAAGGCGCUGGGCAAGGCCAGGAACUACCUACUCUACACUGCAUUGAAGCCGGAGCACAGCUGGGUAUACUGGAGGGACGUAGAUAUCGUCGACAGUCCGUCUAAGAUCAUCGAGGACUUUGUGGCGCAUGAUCGGGAUGUUCUCGUUCCUAACAUCUGGUUCCACAGGUACAAGGAGGAGAAUGGCAAGAUGGUCGACAUCGAAGGGCGCUUCGAUUACAACUCCUGGCAAGAAUCCCCCGAAGGCCUAAAACUUGCCUCUACCCUGGACAAAGACAUUGUCCUCGCAGAAGGUUACAAACAAUACCCCACGAACCGCAAGUACAUGGCCACAAUGGGCGACUGGCGCGCCGACAAAGACGAAGAAAUACCCCUCGACGGCAUCGGCGGCGUAAACAUCAUCGUAAAAGCAGACGUCCACCGCUCCGGCGUAAACUUCCCUUGCUACCCCUUCGAAAACCAAGCCGAGACAGAAGGCUUUGCAAAGAUGGCCAAGCGCGCAGGCUACGGCGUAUAUGGAUUGCCUAACUAUGUUGUCUGGCAUAUCGAUACGGAUGAGAAGCCUGGAAAUGCUUAG